AUGGCUUCUCCUCAGCUAUUCAUCAUCCUUGCCAUUGCAGCAAUCUUUAUCCCUUCAAUUUCUGCAGUUGAAUUUGUGGUGGGAGAUGAUAAAGGUUGGACCGUUAAUUUUGAUUACCAAUCAUUGGCUCAAGGAAAGGUCUUCCGUGUUGGUGAUACACUAGUAUUUAAAUACCCACAAGGGGCUCACAAUGUGUUGAGAGUGAAUGGCACUGGCUUCCAGCAAUGUCAAGCACCGGAAGGCACAGAGGCUCUAACCAGUGGAAACGAUGUGAUAACCCUAGCAACCCCAGGAAGAAAAUGGUACAUCUGUGGUGUUAGCAGGCAUUGUGAGGUUGGAAACCAGAAGCUCUUCAUAACUGUGCUGCCUCAGCAGCUAUCUCCGGUAUAUUCACCAGCACCAUCUCCCAGUCCUACUUUGGCAAAGGAAUUUGUGGUUGGUGAUGAAAAAGGUUGGACAAUCAAUUUUGAUUAUCAAGCUUGGGCAGAAGGGAAAGACUUUAGAGUUGGUGACAGACUAAUUUUUAAGUAUACAGUGGGAGCACAUAAUGUCCUCAGGGUAGAUGGAAAUGGCUUCCAACAGUGUGCUGCACCAGCUGGAACAGAGGCUCUAGCUACAGGAAAUGAUGUUAUCAUGCUCAGCACACCAGGAAGAAAAUGGUACAUUUGCAAUGUUGGGCAGCACUGUGAGGCUGGGAAGCAAAAGCUUGCUAUCACCGUUUUACCUCUAUCCGAGGCACCGGCAUCCUUACCUUCUAGUGGUGGUGGCAGUGGUGGUGGUGCUCUGCCACCUUCAGAAGCUACUGGAACUAUUGCCUCGAAAUAUUAUGCAUGGAUGACUGCAGCACUUAGCCUCCUUAUGAUGGCUUUAGUUUAAAAAGACUUUCUGAAUUUAGCUAUUUAUGUUGCAUUUUAUCUUUAUGGUAUUGUGAUUCCCAACACAAAAUUGAAUUUUAUUAUGAAGGAAAUUAUGUGAGCUUGAUCAUUCUGAUUCUGCAGAGCAACCUGCUUCUCUUCAGUAUUACAAUCAUGGAAGAUGCUAGCACUAGCAAAUUUGGGCUUCCUAGAUUUUUCUCAAAGAAAUUACGAAUUAUCACCUCAAAACACAAUUAGAAACCGAAAAUCUAAAUGGUAAAAUGGCAAAUCCUAUAACAUAUCAUUUGGGGGAAAAUAAAAAUAAAAAUAAAAAUAGAAACCUAAAACUGCCUUGCCAGGAAAUAGCAAAGUGGCACGGCUUAUCAUCUCCCAUUUCUUCAGAAUAAGCAGGCUCAAGAGUUAAAAAAAAACUUGUUCUUCAAGAAAAAACAACAAAUUGAAGCUACCAAGACAGAAAGUGAAGCUUCUGUUGCCACCAAAAAUCUCAAAUUUUAAUCUCAACAAUAUGAACUUCUUCAUAUCUUCUCUGUUAUGCGGAAAUGGCACUUAUCCUGAGAAACUCCCACAAUAUCUAAGCCAAAAGCAGACAACUUGCUUAUUGUGGGUCGGUGACCGACAGACUGACACCCAAACAGAAAAUUUAGAAUUCUUCUGGCUUAAGUAGAUGCGAAUACCCGUUCGUACAAUCUAACCCGGAUUGGCUUCAUAGAUUAUUGCCACUUGGCAAUCAUGCUGACGUGCUCUAUAGAAAUGCAAUUCCUAGUAGGACAAACAUACCGUGAAGGCAAGGAUAGUCAAUGAUGUUGCCAUUUCAACCAAUCAGAUUUAAACAACCUAUCUACCUUCCAUGAACAAGCAAAAGGACUCGAUGUCCACAUCUAAAACAGUAAAGCUAAGCAGCAGCAGCAAUUUCAUUUGCCGCCCACAAAAUACAAAGAAGGUAAACGAAUAGAAAAAUGAAAGAAAAAGAACAAAUAUUCAUUGUUAUAGUUGAUUUUAAAAUGCAGAGCAUUUGAAAGUCUGAAAAAGUCUUUUUUCUCACUAGAGUUACAAUGACUGUUUACUUUCAGAUCUAAAUGAGUAUAGCUGCUGAAUAUACAUGUUUCAGCUUGGCAUCCCAGAAAUUUAAAUUCAGAAGUUUGGACUUUUCCAACUAUGUUCCUUAACUUUAGAUUUCCAUUGAAGUCUCCUGACUAAUUGACACAGGAAUAUAAGCAUAACCCAAAGUUCAAAUCCUUUCACAUUAGUAUUCAAAAUUUUCAAUAAAGUAGAUAAAAUUCUUUGAAUAAGCUGAAUUUACACAAAAAUAAGAAGGUGUUUCUUGUGCAGUGUGCUCUCUUACGUCAAUCUUAAUAACUAUAUAUGACACAAAAGAGACAAUCGAAUCCUAGCCGUUUUGGUACAGUAAAGGUAGCAGCAAUAUCAGCUAGGCAUCAUGAUGUAAAAGAAACUUGAAAAAAUUUAUAACCUGAAGUUUAAACUAUCAUUUAUGUUCAGAAAGUUCCACUGUUUGCUGUUCUUUUUUAUUAUAGUUUAAAACUUAAGAGUGGUUAUCAAGGAUACCGUUGUUAAACAGUAAUAUGGAUAUCCAUCCAAUGUAUAAACUUCUCCUCUGUCUUUCAUAUAUCAUUUCAUAAAAAUUAUUUGCCGGCAGUUAGAGAACAGAAUAUUGGUCAACAUAUAAUAGAGAGAAUUAGAACUAAUGCCAUUUGGAGAUGUUCGAGAAUAAUAUAAAUGAAAGUAUGAAACUUUCAAAUGUUUGAUAAAUAAAAACUUUCACUGGCACAUCCUGAUACACCACGACAAUCAUAUACUUUCCUAAAUCCCACUAGCAAUAUUUCUACCAUCUACAAUUAUUUUCUUCUGUAACUAGCUUCAAAAUUAGGGACAAAUACAAAAUGCAAACAUUUAUAGUGAACUAAACAACAGAAAGAAAAAAAAUCUCAAAAAAAAAAAAAAAGGAAAUAAAAAGAAAGCAGAUAUGCAAAAAGAAAUAGGGCAACAACAUAAAUGUAUUUUAACAAAUUGAGGUGGAAGAAAAUUUUUUUUUCUCCCCCAUAAAAUAGAUUAAGAUUGAUAUCUGAGUCAUGCUUGUAAAGUGUUCAAAAUGUAGCAUACACCAUUGUAAACUUACAGACAGAGUAAAAGGUAAAUGAGAAAAUUUUGUUCUCUUAAUCCAACCCUAUCAAAUAACAAUUUAAAAGUAAAAUCAAAAAGGGCCAAAAAAAAAAAAAAAAGAAAAGCAGAAAAAAAGUAGAAAAAGAGCAUUACACUUUCCCUUUCUCCACCAUCCUAUACAUCCCAAUUUGCAUUACUUUGAACCAAAUUCUCUUCCUUUUUUCUUCCCCAAUAAUCAGAAAUAAAAAUUGAAAAAAAAAAAAAAA